UUCAGUACAAUGCAACCCGACGUUACAUAUGCCUUAGCUUGGGGGCUCUCAGCCCUUGCCCUUUUUUUCAUAAUAAAAUACAAUUGGAGCAGGCGAUGGUUAUACUAUUAUGGGUCUAAGAUAGACGGACCCUUCGGAUGGCCCAUCAUCGGAAGCGCCCAUUACUUCAUCGGGGGCCAAAAAGUAUUUUAUAAAAGAAUGAUCCAAGUGUUUGGAACACGCCCAUCAAUUUUUAAAUUCUGGUUGGGUAAAGAUUUAUUAGUGGUGACCUCAAAACCGGAAGAUGUUGAGAUUGUGUUGAAUAAUAGCAGUUGUUUCGGGAAACCGAAAUUUUACGAUUUUGCGUUUAAAUUGUUCAGGAACGGACUUUUGAUAGCGCCUGCGAGUAUUUGGAGAGACCGAAGAAGGAUUAUUAAUCCGACUUUCAAUCCGAAAAUUCUCAAUUCGUUUAUUGAAAUUUUUCAAAAACAUGCAAAUAAAUUAGUUUGUGUCCUUGAAGCGAGUUGUGGGAAAGAAUCGGAGGAUAUUUUUCUGAAAUUAUUUAGAUGUACUUUUGAUAUUGCGUGUGAGACCCUCGCUGAUGUCGAUAGUGAUUUAAUUAAAGGUCAGGAUGAAUACCUUCAGACAGUAAUAAGAAUGGAAGAUAUUUUAGCAAUUCGUUCAUUGAGUUAUUGGCUUCAUCCUGAUUUUCUUUGGAAACGUUCCACGUAUGGAAAAGAAAUGGAAAAAGCAUCGAGUGAAGUGUUUACCUUCGUAAAACAAAUUUUAGAUUUGAAGAAAUCUAGCGAAGAAUUUGGGAUAGAUGAUGAAAAUUCUUGUAAGAAGAAACGUUUUCUGAAUCAUUUAUUAACAACAAGUGAGACAAAUUCACAAAUUGAUCAAUUGGCUAUUGAGGAAGAAAUCCAAACAAUUUUGGUUACUGGUAGUGAGACUACAGCUAUCACAAUUGGAAUGGUUUUAAUAGUUUUGGGGAUAUAUCCAGAUAUUCAGGAAAACGUUACGGCCGAACUCGAAUUAGUUUUGGGUCCUGAUGAUCGAGAAAUAACUUUAGAAGACAUAAACAAAAUGGAGUAUUUAGAACGUGUGAUUAAGGAAACACUCAGAGUGCUUCCAAUAGUACCAAUUAUUACAAGAACGGUGGAGCAAGAUGUAAAAUUAGGAUCGAAGACUAUUCCAGCUGGUAGUUUUGUUCUUGUUCCCAUUGCUUCCAUUGGUAAAAAAGCUGAACUUUGGAAGGACCCGAAGAAAUUUAAUCCUGACCGAUUUUUACCCGAAAAUAAUGCAAAUCGUCAUCGUUGCUCCUUUAUUCCGUUCAGUUAUGGUCCUAGAAAUUGCAUCGGUUUCAAGUACGGCAUGAUGUCUUUGAAAGUACUUUUAGCAACAAUUAUACGCAAAUUCGAUUUUAAACCCUCACAAUAUAAGAGAAUUGAAGAUGUUCGUUUGGUUUAUGGUAUGGUUGCAAAACCGAAACAUGGCGUCAAAGUAAAAUUAGAGAAGAAAAGUGUUAAUUAAUAAAAAAUGUAAAUGUAUUUAAACAAUAAAAUAAACAAUAUGAAAUUAA